UCCCCUCCUCUUCGGGCUUGCGCGCGCGCAUCUUCCUCCUGCACGCGCCACCGCUAGUCCAGCACUCCCGCCGGAGCCUCAGGCUCGCGCGUUCCUUUUCCCCUCCGGCUGCAGAGCGGGUGGGAUCCUGCACCGCGGUCGCGCAAGCAGUGGCAGCCCGAGCCGGCUCCGGCGGCGGUAGCGGCGCGCGAUCCCAGGGGCGGAUCGUACCACUGCCCGCCAGCACGCGGGGGGAGCCGCUCGGCCCGCCGCUCACGGCUCGGCGACCCCGCGGGGCUGAGGCGUCGCCACGCCGGGGAGCUUGAGCGCCGAGCCGGCCUCGACCCCGAUCUUGGAACGCCGCGGUCCUUGCCCGCUGCUGGCCCCACCCAUCCGGGCCGAAGAGGCCGCGGCCAUGGCUGAGACGGAGGAGCGAAGCCUGGACAACUUCUUCGCUAAGAGGGACAAGAAGAAGAAGAAGGAGAGGAGCAACCGGGCGGCAAGCACCGCGGGCUCGGCGGGCGGCGUAGGCGGGACCAGUGGAGCCGCGGGCGCAGCGGGCGGCGGGGCGGGCGCGGGAGCCCGGCCGGGUGACGGCGGAACCGCGGGCGCGGGGGCCGCGGGCCCCGGGGCCGCCACCAAGGCCGUGACGAAGGAUGAAGAUGAGUGGAAAGAAUUUGAGCAAAAAGAGGUUGAUUACAGCGGCCUCCGAGUUCAGGCAAUGCAAAUAAGUGAAAAGGAAGAAGACGAUAAUGAAAAGAGAGAAGAUCCAGGUGAUAACUGGGAAGAAGGUGGAGGAGGUGGUGGUGGUGUAGAAAAAUCUUCAGGUCCCUGGAAUAAAACAGCUCUGGUACAAGCACCUCCUGCUCCAGUAAUUGUUACAGAAACACCAGAACCGGUGAUGACUAGCGGUGUAUAUAGGCCUCCUGGGGCCAGGUUAACCACAACAAGGAAAACACCACAAGGACCACCAGAAAUAUACAGCGAUACACAGUUCCCAUCCCUGCAGUCCACUGCCAAGCAUGUAGAAAGCCGGAAGGAUAAAGAAAUGGAGAAGAGCUUUGAAGUAGUAAGACACAAAAAUAGAGGUAGGGAUGAGGUUUCAAAAAACCAGGCCCUUAAACUUCAGCUAGACAACCAGUAUGCUGUGCUUGAAAAUCAGAAAAGCAGUCACACACAGUACAAUUAAGGAAUGGUCUUUGCUAACACUUCUAAGGUAACUAGACCACAUCUAACCACCAUGACCAGCCAUUCAUCACCUGACCUCUGUUGGAACUACAGCAACCGAUGCAGACCCCUCGAUAUAAGUGAUCGGCCCUGUUGCACUGUGGAUGUUUAAACUGUCACAACUGCUCUUUAUGUCUAUUGGAUAUAGGGGAAUUUCCAUUGUUACAUAAAUGUGUGAACUAGAUUCAGCAGUGUCUUUCAUAAGUACUCUGCAAAUACAAAAACAGAAAACAACUGCAGCCAGUGGUCAUUUCAAAAUCUUUUUAUGUUCAGAUACUGAGCCUUCGUAAGGGUUGACUACCUCAGAUUUGCUGCACUCAUUGUGGACUUCAUGUGGAUCACAUCUUCUGGAUAAGAAGGUUACAGCUAUUAAGUAUCGAUAUGAAACUUGAAACCAGCUCUACUGGAUUCCUAUCAGAAAUCCUACAGAAAGUCAGCCAUCUGGGUUCUGAUCUGCUGUAAAAGAUGAAGAUUUAAGUGACCUUAAUUAACCUGUCCUGUGCCCCACCCUUAAGGAACACUCUGUAGUAGGCUGUGGCUAUAUUAGACUUCCUGGAACAUGCCUCUCUAAAGAACUGAUGUGGUCAGAUAAUCUGUGUAGGGCUGUUGAUUUAUAAUUUAAGCCUUCAGUUGUAUUCUAGGUAAACAAAUUAAACCAAGCUUGGGUCCACCAAGUGGGAAAAGGAGGGGAGGGGAGGGAAUAAUCUUAUUUCUUUUAGUAUGAAUUUUUUAUUUGGGUAGUGCUUUUUCUGUGUUCCACAAUAAGGCCUUUUUUGCUUUGACUUGGAAUUAGUUCCUUGACAGAGCAUAUUGCUUGGUUUAGUAACCUGAAAUAUGCAUUAGGAUUGUGAACUGUCUUGUGAAUUUGCCAACCCCUAGAGUGGAACCAAAUAGCCUUUGGUGUAAAGGACAGUGGCUGCUGGGGCUCUACUUCAGGUGAUGCUGAAGUCUUUAAUCAGGUCCAAAUUGUAUAGUAAAUGGCAGUGGAAACAGAAUCUAGCAGAUUUCUAGUGAGACUAAAGAUUCAUUGACCUGUUAUAAAUUCAAAGCAGCAUGAGCAGAACCUUGUCUAAAACCCUUUUUAAGUGUCAUGGAUCUUGUGUGAUCUUUGACAAGAAUUCAAGAUACUGUACUUGUACUCACAUUUUAAAGGUAUUGAAGGUUCUAUAGAUGCAGUGAUUGUCCCAGCAAACUCUUUAUUGACCUUUUGGUGUGUCUUUAUGUUGUUCAUUUGGAGAGUUAGGGGCAAAAGACAGGUGAUGUAGCACUUGUGUUUUUAAUAAUUACAGCUUAAACUAUCCAGUAAUUUUUAGUCCUUAAAAGGGACUUGAAGAAGCUACCCAGAGUUACUGAAAAGUUUCUUUCCAUCUAAUGAGAUGUUCUGGUAAUUUCCUAGCUUUGUCUCUUUGGUUCACUAGAAAUAUUUCAAAGUGGUAUGUGAUCACUUGAUGCAGAGUCUGGGUUUCUCUAUAAUAAAUCCCUUUGCCAAAUGCAGGAGUUGCAGACUUGCCUACUGGUAAGAUUGAAGCAAAUGGGUGAAUAAAACUAUCCUGAUAUGGGAGCAUUUUCCUGUAGGAGUUCAGUCUUGAUGAAAGUGUCAGUGCAGGAACUGGACUCCUAGAAGGGUUACAGUGUUCUUCUGUCAGUACCUGCCAACCUUUUCUGGGCAAUAAUGUUGGCAUUAUUUGAGGUGGCAGGAAGGAUGACUGCCUUCUGAUCUAUUUGGGCAAGUAGCUGAGCCAAGGAGAGGUUGGAUGAUGAAGAGAGACGCAAGGAAUUCUUGGUUAAAGUGAAGACUUCAUUUGGGAACCAAAAACCUUAAAAAACAAUCUCUUGGACAUUGAGCCACAUAGUUUCCCUAAAAAGUAUGCAUCUAUUCCAGCAAAAUCUUGUUGGGCGUUAUGUUUUUGAGGAAUGAACUUAGAUGAAUAUGUGGAAAUGUUAUUUAAUGGCAUAUUGUACUAGAAAUCUGAAGACCUGCAGCAGAUUUAAAAUUCCAACUUUUGUUAACGACUUUUUAAAAGAUUGUGAAAUUAUCAAAAUGCACAUGAAUCAAGUUUUAAUAUACUGUAUGAUGGGUAGGUGAGGCUGUCCAUUUUACCAUUUCUUUCUUUGAAUUCUCAGGCAUGGUUUUGGCAGUGCAGGAACUCUGUAACAUUAACAAAUUCAAUAAAAAGUAAAUAUAUGAA